GUACCUCCCUACCAGGCUACUGCAAGGUACCUUCCUACCAGGCUACAGCAAGGUACCUACCUCCCAGGCUACAGCAAGGUACCUACCUCCCAGGCUACAGCAAGGUACCUCCCUACCAGGCUACACCAAGAUUGCCUUGCUAUUAUUAACGUCUGAGGAUUGGUAACCAAGCAUAGCCCAGAACGUCUGGAUUAUUUCUAAGUGCCUAUUUAGUGCAAGGUGAAUAGGGACAAGUGUAAAGUGAAGCCCAUCUCGCCCUGCCCAGGAUGCACCUACCAAAAGGUUACUAACACCCAUGUACCUAAAUACUGCUUGGUGAUUAGGGUCAGCAGGUAUAAGGUGACUUACCCACACGUCUUCUAGUGUGGAGAUUGAACCCUGACCUCUGAGUUGACCACAACGCCUCGUAUCUUCACUCGGAACAUUUAAGCUACAGUUCCCUUGUUUAAAAAGUGUGAUGUAACAUUGAAAAAAAUAACUUGGAAUUCGUAAUGCUGUAAUUCUUUUGGCAACAGUUAAUUAUUUCUUUGGCGUUCGUUAUGAUGCAAAUUAGUGCGGUAUAAAAUAGCGGAAAAUUUAUACAUUUUACGGAAGAUGGAGUUGAAACGCAUGUGUUCAUACAUUCUAUAGGUUGGUCCGCUGUAUAAUCCUACGGGUUUAGCGGUUCCCCCUUUAUAAUAAUAAUAUAGGUUGGUCCAUGCGGACGGUAUUUAUGUAAGUGGUGAGUUCACCCGUGUGACUCUGGCCAAGUAGUGAAGGUUCGAUCCUCUGGAAGUCAGCGCGAGAAACAUGCGCUGCCAGGUUUUAUAUUGUGCAUUAGAUGACUUAAGAGUUAUAAUUGAGUUUCUGUAGUCGAAGUAUAAGUGAAGUCUCAAUUUAUAACUACAAACCGGUUAGAGAUUACAAAUUCGUUCAAGAAAUUUAAAAAUCAAUAGUUUAGUACUGGAUAUAAGUCAGGUAUUGGCUUACAGAACGUGGAAAUGGAUAACGUAAAGCUGGCUUCCAGUACCAAGCAUGCAGACGCAGGAGGUACUGCUGCAGAAGGAACACUCGUCACCACAAAGACAAAACGCUCUCAGCUACUUCGUCAGUCGGCCAGUACCGAACAGGCAGAUGGAGGUACCGCAGAAGGAACUCUCGUUACCCAGGAGUUAGCAACCUCGCAGCCACCUCGAGUUCCCUGCUACGUACCGAAGCAAUCUUACCGUAGUAUUCCGCCCCUACGACGGAUUCGCAAACCAAACUUCACUGAACCAGAGAAACAAUUGAUACUGUCUUUGAUCGCCUCCCGGAUGGAUUUGAUGGAAAAUAAGUCCUUAGACCGCCACCUCUUGAAGGAGAAACAGGAAGCCUGGAGGGAAGUAACUAAGAGGUACAACGCUACCAUCGCCGCCUCCGGCAGGAGCUUUGUAGCUCGGGAUAUGGAUGAACUUCGAACUUUUUGGAAGAACUUGAGACGCAAGACCCAGUGGAAAGAACACAGGUUGGCAGUGCCUGAUCUGGUGGAGCGACUGUCUGGAGGGACGUGUGGUAGCUCUGAGGGGAAGACUGAGGGGUCAGGCGAGGCUGAAGAUGAGGACACGGGUCUGGGAGUCAGUCUUAUGGAUACUGAGCAAUCCAUGGAUGAGGAUUACCUUCACGACCCUCAAGAUAUCAAAAGCAAUGUCUUCCAGCAAAGUGCAGAGCUCGUCUCGAACAAUGUCGGAGAGGAAACCACAGCACAAGACGCCUCAGGACAUGCGCCUUCACCCACUCCCAGCAACCAAGGUUUGGUCGGACCUUACCUCUUGAAGAAGGAAACUCAUUGUUCAACAGUGUUGGACCAACUGCUGAGAGACGACACUUACACAGACGUGACCCUCACAGCUGAGGGUCAGAGUCUGAGGGCACACAGGAUUGUUUUAUGCCUGGCAAGUCCAUAUUUCCGCCAAGUUUUGAGUCGGGAAUUGAAUGUGCAAAGCGUAGUUCUUCUGCGUGACAUUAAGUUUGCUGAACUACGUAACAUCAUUAAUUUUAUUUACACUGGUGAAGCUACUGUGGAUGCAUCGGAGCUUGAGUCCUUCAUGAGAACAGCGGAAAUGUUGGAGAUUUCAUCACUGUGUGAAGGACAGAAAUGCAUCAGUGGUCGUGGUCUUCACACACAGGGAAACUUCAGUUCAGGGUUUAGCAUUGCUGAUUUUGAACGCCUUCUGGGAAGCAAGAGGUCCAGAAAAGAUUCUUCACCUACUCCUUGUAAAACACGGAGAGUAUCAGGGGAAGGCCAGUCAUCAAGAUGCUCAUCUGCAGAACCAGCAGCCACCAGCAUCCCUCUGUCACUUAUAAAGGAGGAACCUGGCUGCGAGACUGACUCUAUGUUACAGUCCAAAUCUGCUCAAGUAGUGAAAGAGAACGAGUUGUUAGAUGUGGUUGAGAGAAAUGAAGGAGGAGGUGAAAGUGGGGGAUCAAGAAGAGAAUCUCUGGAAUCUGUAGGUGGCUUUGCAGCUAUUGCAGGAGUUCAGAAGACCUUGCCCAAUGCAGAUGACGUCAGUGAAGAUGUUUUUUCGUCCACUGCCGAGUUGUCACCAAACUCGCAGUUAGCAGAAGCUGCAAGACAGAAUGCAGUUACCAGUGUUCCUGACACAAUGUCAGUUCCUGGAAGAUGUCCGUAUUGCCCUCACUUGCCCCAGAAGUAUGAAGGUGUGGCUAUGAUGCGACAUCUUCUAGUUGCACACCCGUGCAAGCCAGCUUUUCCCUGCGACUCUUGUUGGCGUGUCUUUGUCAAGAGAGUUUACUUCAAGGCCCACCAACAGAAGUGCUCACCACCUAUUUCUUAAGACUUUUAUAUGAAGAAUAUUCUAAUACACUUAGUUAAUUUCUUUUCGAAAAGUAAAUCCCAUAAGGAUGUAAAUUAAAAGACAGAAUGGAAAGGAACUAUUUUAAACUUGGAAGGUGGCAGUAAAGCAAUUGCAAAGAACUACAGACCAAUAGUACUAACAUCCCAUAUCAUAAAAAUCUUGGAGAGGGUUCUAAGCAGCAAGAUCACCAACCACCUGGAUACCCAUCACUUAACACAACCAAGGGCAAUAUGGGUUUAGAGCAGGUCGCUCCUGCCUGUCCCAGUUCCUGGACCACUAUGACAAGGUCCUGGAUGCUAUAGAGAAUAAAAUGCAGAUGUAGUAUACACAGACUUUGCAAAAGCUUUUGACAAGUGUGACCAUGGUGUAAUAGCACACAAUAUGCGUAAUAAAGGAAUAACAGGAAAAGUUGGUAAAUGGAUCUAUAACUUCCUGACAAAUAGAACACAAAGAGUAAUAUUAUUAUUAUUAUAAUAAAAAAGAAGCACUAAGCCACAAGGGCUAUACAGCGCUGCAAAGAGUAAUAGUAAACAGUAAAGUCCGAGGCAGCUAUGGUGAAAAGCUCUGUUCCACAAGGCACAGUACUCGCUCAUUCUAUUCCUCAUCCUCAUAUCUGACAUAGACAGAGAUGUCUUCAUUUGUGGAUGACAGCUGGAUUGCCAUGAGAGUGACCUCCAACAAAGACACUGCAAGACUCCAAGUGGACAUGAACUAAAUCUUCAAAUGGGUCACUCAAAACAAUAUGAAGUUUAAUGAAAAGAAAUUUCAACUACUCAGAUAUGGAAAACUUGAGGAAAUUGACACUGUAUUAGGGUAUAUGACAAAUUCUAACCAUUCAGUAGAACGAAAAAGUAAAGUGAAGGACCUGGGAGUGAUAAUGUCAGGGAAUCUCGCCUUCAAAGACGACAACAAUGUGUCUACCGCAUCCGCUAGGAAAAUGAUAGGAUGGAAAAUGAGAACCUUCAAAACUAGGGAUGCCAAGCCCAUGAUGAUUCUCUUCAAAUCGCUUGUUCUCUCUAGUCUGGAAUACUACUGUACACUAACUGCCCCCUUCAAAGCAGAUGAAAUUGCUGACCUGGAGAGUGUACGAAGAAUUUUCACAGCACACACAAGUACAAUAAGGCACCUAUAUUACUGGGAAUGAUUGAAGGCCCUUGAUUUGUAUCCCCUGGAAUGCAGGCGAGAGAGAUACAUGAUAAUAUACAUUUUGAAAAUCCUAGAGGGAUUAGUACCAAACUUGUACAUACAUGAAAAUCACUCCCUAUGAAAGCAUAAGACUCGGCAGGAGAUGCAACAUUCCCCAAUGAAAAUCAGGAGCGCCACGAGUACAUAGAGAGAACACAAUAAGUGUCCAAAGCCCAAGACUGUUCAACUGCCUCCCAGCAUACAUAAGGGGGAUUACCAAUAGACCCCUGGCUGUCUUCAAGAAGGCACUGGACAGGCACCUAAAGUCAGUACGUACCUGACCAGCCAGUCUGUGGUUCAUACAUCAGUUUGCAUGCUGUCAACAGUAGCAGCCUGGUUGAUCAGACCCUGAUCCACCACGAGGCCUGGUCUCAGACGAGCCACAGGGGCAUUGACCCCCGAAACCCUCUCCAGGUAAAUAGUAAACCCCAGGAAAGCCAUUCAGUGUUGGGGGAGUGAGAAGUAACUUCCCAGUUGGGCUGUGGUUUGUAUAUUGGAUUGCAUGCAGCACAAUACAGUGACUGGAACAAUACAAAUAACCUGCACAUGGGAGAGAGGAGCUUUUGACGACGUUUCACUCUGAAUUGGAACAUUUAUUAAGUUAGUGCAACUUAGUAAAUGGCCCAGGUUGGACUGAAAUGUCGUCAUAAGUUCCUCUCUGUGUGUGGAUUAUUUGCAUACAGCUGUAAUUCCCUGAUGGGUUGCUGAAACUAAAAUGUAUAAAUCCUUUCCAUUUUGCAUUUUAUUUUCCAUUCAUUUUGGAUUUUAUAUUUUGAGUCAACAGUGUUUGACACAUUUUUUUUUUUUUUUUUUUUAUUAUCACACCGGCCGAUUCCCACCAAGGCAGGGUGGCCCGAAAAAGAAAAACUUUCACCAUCAUUCACUCCAUCACUGUCUUGCCAGAAGGGUGCUUUACACUACAGUUUUUAAAACUGCAACAUUAACACCCCUCCUUCAGAGUGCAGGCACUGUACUUCCCAUCUCCAGAACUCAAGUCCGGCCUGCCGGUUUCCCUGAAUCCCUUCAUA